AUGCGACUUUGUGCUAGCGUAGAUGAACAGUCGCGACAGCAGUUUUUGCGACUUUUGAACGUGCUUACCACUUUGCGAGGAGAUCCGAUGCCAUCGUACGAGCUAGCUGUAUCGUUGCUCCCUAAACGAAGUGCCAUCUUUCCACUAUCGCAUACUACGGUAACACUUGAUUCAGCGUUAAACAAAUUCCUUUUGCCUCUAGGCGUAUCCGCUGAAAUCGCUAAUUUCUGCGUACGAUGUUUCGCCUGGUCUUAUGACUGUUUGUCAUCGAUCGUUCAACCAUUGGAUGCCAUUGCAAUUACUGACCGCGAAUUAUCCUCCGAGGAUCAGGAGUAUGCAUCCGCAACCGAUUCGAUUCUUGCAAUUUUCAGCAAGUGCACGCAGAUGUCGCAGAGUAACAACGAACCCUCAGUUAACGUGAAUGCGACUGCGCAUUCCAUUCUGAAAUACAUUCAUUCGUCGUUGAACGAUCGAAAUGACAAUCCAACGGGAAUGUCAUACAGGCAACUAUUCUUUAAUUUAAUGCGGCUGCAGAACAAGCUCAAAACCGACGCUGAAACCUGCGCAUUAUUGCAUUCAUGCCUCUUAAAGCUGUCCAUGGCCUCUAACUCUCACGAACUCUUACUGCGAACAUCUGCGGAACUGCUGAACACGUUAUUUACAUCAUCCGGGGAAAACCAGUCAAAUGACAGUGUCCUAGUGGUCCCCGAAAGUUAUUUAUCUCUUGAGCGGAAUGUGUUCAACGUCUGUUUCGGCGAAUAUAACUGGAUUACACGAGGCAUCGAAGAGGAUUUAGCAGUUGCUGUACGCGUACCUCUGCCGUGUGUUAAAGAUUCUACCACGUCACAUGAUGACAACGCAUUUGUGUCUUUUGCCGUAGACGGCGAAUACAUAUACAUUCUUUGCAGAAGCUACUUAUACAAAUUGGGAUCAGGUUUCGCAUGUACAAGACCUGGUUACGAAUACCUUCGCAAAGAGACGCCUUCACAGGACAAAUGGAAGAAGAUCAUUUGUCAUAAAAACAUCGUGUGUCUCGUAGGAGAGAUCAUAACUCUACAGUUGACUAAAGACAGUCUGAAAGUAAUGUCAGAAGUAACGAUGAGCGACCAUCGUUUUCGCGAAGGUCACGGAGAACUCGUGUCUGAUGGCGACCAUUUAUCGUUAAUAUACGUUGAUGGGCAGUCGCUGCUGCACAUGGCAACGCUCAACGAUUCAUUUAAAAUAGUGAGCGACGACGUGUAUCACUUUGAUGUUCAACUUCGCAGUUUCGGUGAAACAUAUGAUGUUUCUGGCAUUAAAGUCGAAGGCAGAUUUCCGGUGAGGUGUUCAGACUUGGUCGAUAUCAAGUCAUCUGAACGUUUAACGUUCAUCAUCACAAAGGGAGGCAAAGCUGCGUUUUUGAACAGUGGUUGUAUCGACGACGUGAACAGAGAGUGGCAUUAUGUUCCGAUCGUCGAAAGCGUAAAAGAUGUGUUCGUCAACGCGGAAGGAACGUGCGCCGUGUUGGUCACCAAGUGUGGCACCGGCUACGUCAUGGGCGAACUCGUGAAGGAAUUCGACGGCGUCUUUCCUUUUGAGACGUCAAAGUUACACUCAUAUGAUAUUGUGAACUGUGUUGGCUUGAGAGGAGUUGUCUUAAUGGCGAUCUGUAAUUCCGAUCAGGUUUACUUGAUGACAUUGGACGAUCAUUUGUACGUAAUUGGUCGAAAUGGUUUGAGCCUGAAAAUUGAACUAGACCAUGUUGUGGGGCUGAAGUCGAAAAACAUAAGCAAAAUUCUUUUCUCAGACUCGAAGCUGUUAUUCUGGACCGAUGACAAUCAUUUAUUUAUGGUUGGCGAUCAAGAAUUUGCAAACUUUGUGCGCAACGGUUCUACUACAGAGGAUAUCGGCCAUUUAGAUACCUUGAGGAACAUGAUUCCGGAUGGCAUGUCAGUGAAUGAGGUUUGCUGUGGUGAGAAUCAUAUAGUGUUAUUGAGUAGCGAAGGAAUGAUUGCGACUUGCGGUGAAAAUGACUAUGGUCAACUGGGCAUGGGCAAUACAAAUCGUUUUUUUGGGUUCCAGUUUCCUGAUGUCCCGUCACAGAGCCAUGCUCAGAGCAUUUCAGCGGGUCGCAACCACACAGUUAUUUUGAUGGACGAUGGAACAGCGUUCUCUUUUGGGGAUCAUCGUUCUGGUCAACUUGGACGCAUUGGAAAUGAUCCGUUUUGGCACUGUAGUGCUGGAAGAAUCAGGGUUCAAGCUGAGUCUAGAGAGGUUCGAGUUCGAUGGAUAAUCGCUUCCGGUAACGCAAGUUUUAUUGGCGUUGACAGCGGCGGCUUACCAUGGAUAAACGAAGAAAGCAAGGUUGCUGCAACUGCUACAGCUGAUGGUUGUUUUUUGUUUUCUUCUCAGAAGGGCUUCAAGGAUUCACGUUUUCUUGUGAUGCGCAAUUCUUGUUUUUCUAUUACGUCGAAACGGGACAUUGUUUCUGACUCAGAUCUGACGUGUCACAAUUGCUUUGACAGGAAUAACGCGUUGUGGCGUUACUCUGCUUCGAAAGCAUUGCUUCUGUGUUUAUUACCGUUCAGUAACAAAAUCCGUGGUGGUGGUGCUGCUCGAACGGCGAAACUUUUUACGGACCCAAGCUUUUCUCUUUCGUACUUUGGCGCCAGAAGUCCAUGUGUCACUGUAGGAAUGAACAUUCUUCGAAUGGUAAACGCCCUCCUGGAAAACUUUGAGUUCUACUUCAAACGUGUUUGCGCAGAAACUAGCCGUCUGUUUCCUUAUGGCCCUUUCUACUGUGUCGAGCGACAUGUUUCGGCACGGAACCGUUACAGUGAACUGUUGAACAUCAUGGAGCCGCGUGGUAUGAAUCAAGAAUUGGAGUUCAGCAGCGACAAGGACAUUUUCUUGCUAGCUGUCGGUUUGUGCGGCAUGCCUUGCAAA